GACCCCGCAGCCCGCAUCGAUUGGCCGACGGCAGGCGAGGGGGGGCGGAACGAGGCGUGGUGUCACUUCCGACAGCAGGUGCGUGUCUGGCGGUGGGUUUGCUGUGCUGCCUGCAGGAGUGCAGCCCCUCUCCUCCCCGCCAUGGCUCUGUCCUGCGUGUUGAGGCCAACGUGCCGGCACCUUUGCUCUUCGAGUGCUCUCCUGAGCAGCCUGCCCGGUCGUGACCGCAGCCUGCUGGCAGAGAAGAAGGUGGCAGCAAAGCGGAAGAGGAAGGAAAAGUCGAGGGAGGGCUGCAGCCUGCCAGGUUCCUCCUGGGAGGAGAGGUGAAGUAUGAAAGCCAGAGGAAGGUUUUGCAGACUCUGGCAUCUCGUCUUGAGGAGCUGGGCAUAGGUGUGCAGAAAGCUGGUGGACUCUGCUGUCCUCUCCAGCCUGUGGUCCCUUCGGUUCCAGCGUGAAAAAGCGGCGGAAGAAGCAGAAGCGGGCGCUCCUCGAUGAGGAUGUAGCGGACAUUCAGCACUCGGAGGAAUUUCUCAUCAAGCCCGAGUCCCGGAUCGCUCAGCUGGACACAUCCCAGUGGCCCUUACUGCUGAAGAACUUUGACAAGUUAAAUGUGAUGACAGCACACUACACACCUCUUCCUUCUGGUGCUAAUCCCCUGAAGAGAGAGAUUUCUGAAUAUGUUAGGUCUGGCUUUAUCAACCUCGACAAACCUUCCAAUCCAUCUUCCCACGAGGUGGUUGCGUGGAUCAGACGCAUCCUUCGAGUCGAGAAGACAGGACACAGUGGCACUCUGGAUCCUAAGGUGACUGGGUGCCUCAUUGUGUGCAUUGAGAGGGCAACACGACUGGUCAAAUCCCAGCAGAGUGCAGGCAAAGAGUAUGUGGGAAUUGUUCGGCUGCACAAUGCAAUUGAAAGUGAGGCUCAGCUUGCCAGGGCAAUAGAAACUCUGACAGGAGCACUGUUUCAGCGGCCGCCCCUCAUUGCUGCUGUCAAACGACAACUUAGAGUCAGAACCAUCUAUGAGAGCAAGCUGGUGGAGUAUGAUCCUGAGAGAAGAUUAGGUAUCUUCUGGGUGAGCUGUGAAGCAGGCACAUACAUCCGAACACUCUGUGUUCACCUUGGUUUGCUGCUUGGUGUGGGGGGACAGAUGCAGGAGCUCCGCAGAGUGCGCUCAGGCAUCCUGGGAGAAAAGGACAACAUGGUGACUAUGCAUGAUGUACUGGAUGCACAGUGGCAGUAUGAUAACAACAAGGAUGAAAGCUACCUGCGAAGAGUUAUCCUGCCAUUAGAGAAGCUCCUGACUUCACACAAGAGGCUCGUCAUGAAAGACAGUGCGGUUAAUGCCAUUUGCUAUGGAGCCAAGAUCAUGCUGCCUGGUGUCCUGAGGUAUGAAGAUGGUAUUGAGCUUAAUCAGGAGAUUGUUGUAAUCACCACAAAAGGCGAAGCAAUCUGCCUAGCCAUUGCCUUGAUGACCACAGCAGUCAUUUCUACCUGUGACCAUGGCAUUGUGGCGAAGAUCAAGAGGGUGAUCAUGGAGAGAGACACUUAUCCUCGCAAAUGGGGUCUGGGUCCCAAGGCCAGUCAGAAGAAGAUGAUGAUUCAGAAGGGUCUAUUGGACAAGCACGGAAAGCCCAACGAGAGCACACCGGAUUCCUGGAAGAAGGAGUAUGUGGAUUAUAGGGAUGCUUCCAAAAAAGAGGCAGCUGCCAUUCCCCGAGCUGGUUUAGAGCUGGAGAGGGCUUCAAAACGAAAGCGAGAGUCGGAGAGUGAAUGUGAGGGAGCUGUGACUCCACCAUCCCCUGCCACCCCACCACCAGAGGAGCUGAGCAAAAAGAAAAAGAAGAAGAAAGAGAAGAAGGCUAAAGAGGCUGCUGAGAGUGGAGGAGAACAAAUAGAAGUGGCCAGUGAGACCAUCACCAAGAAAAAGAAAAAGAAACAAAAGGAGGUGGAAGACAUCUCGGAGUAAGCCACUUGAUCUUUCCAAAGCUGACGACUUUGUCAACAGGGGGAAGUCUGAGACCUUGAGAAAAGGAGGACUGACUUUGGCAGAGGGUCCAGCAAGUUCCAGAUUAUUUUUUUGCUGCAUAUAUGACUGUGUGGGUGUGUUUGCCCAGGCUAUGCCCUGCACAAGCACCCUUCCUCAUCCUGUUUUAAGGGUUGCUAGAGAAGCAAGGUGCUUGACUGUGCCUGCACUGGAUUGCUGUCUAAAGCUGAACACCAUGAUACCAACAGAAGUGGAAUCUUCAGGAAAACUACAUCUUACUUGGUGUCUCUGUUUUCAUCCUGAGAGGGAGGAAUGUUUCUCACCCCUCUUGUCCUGCCUCUUUCUUUCCUUUUCUUCCAAGUUUGGAGCUGUUACGGGACAGUCACAGAAAGUUUUGGUAUCUGGAGGACUGACUUUGUCACAGCCCACCUAAAUAGGUUUAGAUGGGGACAGUCAAACAAGUAUUUGAAGAGCUCUGGUUUGCUUUAACCUGGCUGUAUGCUUGACUUGACCUUCAGCUAGAUAAGAUCAAGUAUUUCUCCCAGAUAGUCUUCAGUACUUACAUUAACCUUACCAUAAAAUGAUUAGACCAUAACAUUCCUGCUUUCUGUUUUAGAAUGUGGGGACCUGCUUGUUAGUUGUCAGCUAAUCCCCAGGCCCAGUGCUUCAAAUGGUCUUUUCAGUGUGUACCUCUUGCUGGCUCUUUGCACUUCUCUACCUGGUUGCUGGAGUGGGACCACAGCACUGUGACUUCCCUGAUCUUGAUACCUAAUAUGCUCUGAAGGCAAGAAGUAGGAAUGCUGUUGGGGAGCAGAAGUGAAGUGCCAGUAUGCCAGCUAAAGAGAUGGCAUGUUGGGACUGGAGUCCUUGUGAGGAAAGGCUUGGCCAGAGGCUGAUCUUCAAGGUGCAUUGGGUUUGGGGCUUGAGUGAUUUCAGAAACACUUGUCCUAAUUUUCUUACCUGGGAUGGUGGCUAGCUGAGGGCAGGAGGUCUCUCCUCUGUCUCAGGGGUAUUGCUGAGUCAGGAUUUUAGCCCAUUUUAGUGGGGAAGGAUCCAGACUGCUUCAUCCAUGCAGAGAUUCUGGAAUAUUUGUCUUGGCCUCAUGUAUUGCUUAUGUCUUAACUGGCUUGACAUUCCUUUCUUCCAGUGCUAGAGAUACACCCAGGCAGCGGGGCCAGCAGCUGAUGGCUGGCAUCACUUGAGCAGAAAAACUAGUCCAUUUUUAUUUACUCUUUUUUUAUAUAAAAAUAAAAGCCCUAUUUUUGA